CGUGCCGGGUCUAUGGGCCGUUACCGGGGAGAAGAUGGUGGAAGCUGCGGCGGCAACGUGCACAAACCUCCGUCCAAAACAUUUCGGAAAAUAUUUACCAUCUCAGCCUGGCAUACGAUAUUGGUUACCCGGAGAUAAACACAGAUAAUACACGCUAAAGAGAAGAUAAAAAUCCGGCGUUUGUGUGACGGGGAAUGAGACACACAGAGAUUAGUGGUGUGAAAACGUGGGUGAUGAAGUCACUACCACGUUUUGAAAUUAACCAGAGCUAGUUAGUGGAUUUAUUCGAUUAUUAUUUAGUAUUUCACUCUUCUGUGGUCGAAGUAUCGACUGUCAGAUCAAGUGUUUUUAAUUCGAUCUGAGCGCCGUAAGGCUGUGUGUGUGUAUAUGUAUGUGUGUGUGCAUUAGCUUGUGUUGGAUCAACUGACAGCAUGCCACGGAGCAAAAAAGGGAAACGUGGGGCCACUUCAAAUAAGGGCUCUCUUCGACAGGAAGUACUUCUGUUGCAGCUUUCAGCCAAGUCGGCACUGUCGCGUCCAGGGAAGAAUGGAGGAAAAGGAGGGUCCGGUGCCAGUGAUGAUGAUUUGGCAUCUGAUGUGCUCAGUCAUUACAGCAGUGCCAGUGAGAGUGCCUCAGUGCUGGAUGAAGGAACAGGUGAGGUGGUGGAUGACCAAACUGCUCAGGAGGAAACCGAAGACAAACUGAAGCAGUGUAUCGACAACUUGAUGGACAAGAGUGUGAAGACUCGGCUAGCAGCGCUGGAGAGCUUGCGACUAGCCUUCUCCUCCAGAGUGCUGUAUGACUUCCUGCUGGAGAGACGCCUCACCAUCGGCGACUGCCUGGAACGCAGCCUGAAGAAAGGUGGAGGAGAGGAGCAGGCUGCAGCAGCCACACUGUGUGCACUCCUCUGUAUUCAGCUGGGAGGUGGAUUUGAAGGCGAGGAGGGCUUUAAGAUGUUCCGCCCUGUGCUUAGCUCCAUCCUGACUGACAGCUGUGCCAACCUAUCAGCUCGUCAGAGUUGUGCCCGAGCAUUGGGCUUAUGCUGCUACGUGUCCGCAUCAGACAACGCUGAAGAUUUGUUGAAGUGUAUGGGGCAUUUGGAGAGUGUGUUUGUGGGAGCGUAUCCACUGGGUGAUGGCAGCUUACCAUCUGUUAAAGCUGGAAUUCCAGCUCUCCACAGCGCUGCCCUUCAGGCCUGGGCUCUGCUCGGCACACUGUGUCCUGCCUCCCACAUCAACAACAUGGUCAGCCAUCACUUGCCUCAGCUGCAGGCUUGUUUGGAGAGCAGUGAGGUGAACUUCAGGAUCGCUGUAGGAGAAACCAUCGCUCUGCUAUAUGAACUGGCACGAGAGGUUAACGAGGAGUUUCAGUAUGAGGAUUGCGAUGUGCUGUGUGAGAGUCUGAAGCGUUUGGCAACAGACGGAAAUAAACAUCGGGCCAAAAAUGACCGACGCAAGCAGCGGUCCAUCUUCCGCGAGGUCCUGCAUUAUAUCGAGAGUGAGGACUUCUCUGAGGAGAAGGUCCGUUUUGGGGUCGAGAUUGUCUACCUUGAUGGUUGGAUGCGUCACCGGAUUUAUGAUGCCUUUAAAGAGGUGCUGGAGUCUGGAGUCAGCCACCACCUGCAGGUUAACCCACUACUGAGAGAUAUUUUUGGACUUGGAGCUCCACUCAUUCUGGACACUUCAGUCAAGGCCACCCGGAUCUCCCGCACAGAAAGGCACCUUUUCAAUUCUGCUGCGUUUAAAGCCCGGACAAAACUACGUAACAAAGUGAGAGACAAACGAGCAGACGUGAUGUGAUGUUGGUGCUGAUGAUGACUUGAUGCAGAGAUAGAAACACUAGACACCUCUUAUGAGCUCACUUGAAAUGUUAAAAACAGCAACUGCCAAACCAGGGACUUGACAAUGCAAAUUGUGUGUGUGCGCAUGUGUGUCAGGAAGAGUGAAUGUGUGUGAAUGGUGUGCCUCAGUUUUAUUUAACAUUACUAAAUAUAAAUAAUAGGAAGCCUAAAAUUAACUGUGCAACCCAUAGCAUUUUCCCUUAGCACUUAAAACACACAUAACAUCAUAUUUCUGCAUGCAAGUGCAGUGAUGGUUCAGGGCAGGUCUCAGUACAUACUCUGUGAUCAGCAGGAAGCAGGAUACUGCUAUGGAAAAUGCUAUGUAUUGCUUCUUUAAACAUAAUAUUGUACAUUUCUAAUGACCUUUUGCAAGGCUGUAUUGAACGUUUCUGUUAAAAUGUAUUUUACUUCCUAAUUUAUUCAGGAUUUUGGGAAAACAAAAGACUUUUUUAACAUUUAAGACAAAUGAGCUGUGUAUACACAGUGGGAAAUGGCCAAGAAAAUGAAAACCUUUCUAGCUUUUGUAUGUAUAUUUUACAAACUGGCUGCACAUAUUUUACAAACUGGCUGCACAAUUUAAAUGUGAUAAUAAUUGUAGAAAGGUCUCCUCACACUGCUAACAAAUUCUUUUUCUCAUCCCGAGUGCUGUUGUUUACUGGGAGAGAGUUUAAGAUGCAGUGUUGACAAGCGUAUUUAGAGACUUUGGUUCGUGUUCACACUUUGAGGAAAAUUUCUUUUUUAUUAGAUCUGAUACAUUAACAGACUGGACAGGAGAGAGCCAUUUGCCUGCUACAGCUGCUAACAUCACCUUCAUGUAUUACUGAAUGUUUUACAAUUAGAAAUAGGAGGCCAAAAAUGUAUUUUCUUAAGGGCAAUUACACAUUUUUGCAAUUAAGUUUUAUAUUUUUCCCUACAGUAGACUCAAUUGAAGGCCAGAAUUUUGAAUUAUUCAUUUAAAUUGCUAGAAAUGAGAUGUCAAGGCUUCUGAACCCGAAAGGUGAGCCUACUCCAAUAAAUCAUGAAUUUAAAAAAAAAAAAAAGACAACUGUGGUAUUUCUAAAAUGUGUGUGUGUGUUUUUUUUUUUUGUUUUGUUUUGUUUUUUAAAGCAUAGCUUUAAAUGAAUACAGCAAAUAAGAGUUACUGGAGAGAAGUUUACUUUUUUAACUACAGAUUUGUUGAAGUAGAGUAAAAUAGCAUUUUUCAAAUCAGUGUUUUUGUAUUUAUUACAGUUCCAAUAUCUCAUGGACAGUUUCAUGUUCAUAACAUUUUAAUCAUUACCACAGCCCACAUCAAUACACAUCUUAAAAACAAACAAACAAACAAAAACUCCAGGUUAUUCAAUUGCAUGCAUCAUUUAUACAUUAAUGAAUCAUGACAACCAUGCUGUUAUUUGAAAAUAAUAACCGAUUUUUUUUUUUUAUUCCUCUUAUAGCAAUUUACCAAUUCUAUCUUUUUGGAACGUGCACAAGGCAUUUUAUUUCCUGUUACUACUAACACUGUACUAGCUAUAAACAGUAUCUCUUUUUCUCUCAACAUCGUACAAUAAAUAAACUACUACUUAAAAACCGAAAAGUGCAGAUUCCUCUGUCCUGAAGAUUUUGCAAUUUCUAAAAACUUAUGGCUACAAAAAAUGCUGACACUGAAGUCUAUUACCAUACAUGUUAAAUAAAGAAAUUUACGAAACUCUUUUACCAUA